UGCACCACUUGGCUGCACGUAUAAUGGACCCUAAAUAGCCCCUACCUCGUCACUCUGUUUUCAUGAUAACCGCAGCCCCUUUCAACUUCCCGACUGCCGCGCGCUGCGCAAGACGCAGGAUAUGGGAUUGCGUGCGCGCGUUUCGUUUACCCUGAGGAAAGUGUCACGUGACCGUGCUCCUCCCACCUCCUUGGAGCAUGGCCAUUCUCAGCAGUGACGGCGACAGUCUUGGCGGUUCGAGCCACUCUGAGAUGGCUUCGCAGUUCCGGGCUGCACGCAAAAUGUUCCGUUGACGCGGCGCACAGCUGACCAUGACCAAAAAGGUCGCCAUGCCGGCGGAGGUGCGGGAGCCUCUGAUGGUGGCCGCCACCGAGCUCAGCAUCGACGAGAGCGGUUUACAGAGGAUCCUGCCCCGGUGUCUGCGCUUCUUGUUCGCCGACCUCGAUGCAGAACGUCUCUAUCAAGAGUACUACCGGCACGAGAAGAGGCUCGACCUCAAGGCAUGGCUAUGCACUGCACUGUGCGUGGAUGCGGCUCUUCUGACGGCAUACGCGGUCAGCGGUCGCGGUCCUCUGCCCCUGUCGCUGCUCGCGGCACACGCUCUAGUUCUGGUGUUGCUGCUCGCCUUGGCACUCCGGGACCUGCUCCCGGCGGGACCGUUGACAGCGCUGCCUGCACUAGCCCUGGCCGCGGCCCAGCUGGCCGCCGAUGCAUUCCUCUAUGAGAGCCGUCAAGCAGCUGACGUUCUGCCUUGGCUCCUCGUGCAUUCAUUCGCGGUCUAUGCAUUGCUGCCACUGCGGGUCGUGGGCUGCUGGCUAGCGGCGGCUGCACUGUGUGGGGUCUAUGUGGCCUUGUCAUUGCCAUCGGGAUCGGUCCUGGUGGCUGCUCUGCUUCUCUGUAUCGCUGCUCACCUGCUCGGGCUAGCCUGCUUUCUCUUCACCGAACGGCUGCAGCGGAGGGCCUUUCUCGAGACGCGUCGAUCACUCGAAGUCAAACUGGUGGUUGAAGAAGAAUCUCAAGAGCAAGAACGCUUGCUGCUUUCAGUGCUCCCUAAGCAUGUGGCUGCUGAGCUGAAGCAAGAUCUGGAUGCUGUUGUGACUGGACCUUUUAAGAAGAUCUACAUGAGCAGACAUGAAAAUGUCAGUAUUCUUUUUGCAGAUAUUGUGGGUUUCACUGCCUUCUCCUCUACAUGUCCUGCACCAGAGUUGGUGAGGACACUCAACGAACUGUUUGCACGCUUUGACAAGCUUUCUGACAAAUAUCAUCAGCUUCGGAUAAAGAUCUUGGGGGACUGCUACUACUGCAUUAGCGGAGCCCCCGAGGAGCGGCCUGACCACGCGGUGCUCUCUGUGCACAUGGGUCUGAGCAUGGUGGAUGCCAUCAGGUCGGUGAGGGAGGAGACAAAGUCUGGUGUGGACAUGCGAGUGGGCAUCCACACGGGCGGAGUCCUGGCUGGUGUCCUGGGCCAGAGGCAGUGGCAGUUUGACGUUUACAGCAAAGACGUUGUGCUGGCCAAUAAGAUGGAGAGCGGGGGACUACCCGGUAGGGUGCACAUAUCUGAAAAGACACUCAACUUCCUCAAUGGGGAAUUCGAAGUGGGCCCAGGCGACGGAGGGUCUCGUGAGGAGGCUCUACGACCGCUCAAGACCUACUUCAUCACCAAGGUCCUGAAGCCGUACCCAGAUGGCACGCUGGACGCUGAUCUACCGAAGGAGAAGGAGGUCCAAGCAGUGGACGCGCGCACCGAAGAGGAGGAGUACCGCAGGCGUCUGCACCGGGAAUUGCUGGAAAGAGACACAGAAAAGAACCUGAGGGAACAUGCCAACCCCAUGACCCUCUCAUUCCGGGACAACGAGUUCGAAAGCCAGUACUGUACAACACACGACGCCAGCAGCUGUGUAGCACUGGCAGCCUUUCCCGUGACAGCAGCAUUCUCAGGCCUAGCAUGGACUGCCCUGGAUGGGUCUCCCAUGGUGUAUGGAACCUACCUAUUGGGCUCAGUGUUGCUGUCAUUCAUGGUUGGACUAUGCAUUGCUUCUUUUGUCUCCAAGACCACACCCAAGUGGUUACAGGCCAUUUCGAGGGCAGUACAGGGCAAGGGUUGGGUCCAUUUCCUGAUCGUUCUGCUGGUUGUCUCCGUGUGGACUGGUCUGCACCUGCUGGCCACACUGCAGGUCAACAAUGGCCUUCCCCAUUUUGCUGUUGGAGCAGCACUGCUGGGGCUGCUCUCUGUUGUCGUCCUGGUACACCUCAGUUAUCUGCUCAAAGUGUGCCUGCUCAUUCUCCUGGGCCUGCUGCAGUGUGCCAUGAACGUGGGUCCCCUACGUUACGCAUUCGACCACUAUGAUCUUGACCACUACACAUCACCGGUCCCAUUGGGUCAUUACGUGACACUUUCCAUCUACGUGGUGGCCAUCACUCUGGCUUUAGCAAUAAUCUGCAGGCAGUUCGAGGUAACUUGCCGGCGCCUGUUCCUUUGGAAGAAAGAUGUUGAAGAACAGAAAGAGAAAGUGGCAGACAUGAGACGCAAGAACGAGGCUCUCGUCUACAACGUACUGCCCUUGAAUGUUGCCAAGCACUUUCUGGGAAAAAGAAAAUUUGAUGAUGGCUCUGAAUUCCAGGAGCUGUACAGCAAGAGUUACGAAGCAGUGGGAGUGCUCUUUGCGGCCAUGCCAAACUUUUCAGAUUUCUACACGGAAGAAACUGUUAACAACCAGGGCCUGGAGUGCCUGAGAUUUCUCAAUGAGGUCAUUUCCGACUUUGAUGCUCUAUUGGAGCACCCAUGCUUCAAGGACAUUUUCAAAAUCAAGACUAUUGGUUCAAGCUAUAUGGCUGCAAGUGGACUUAACCGUGAGGACAACUAUAAGGUGGAUGCUACGCUGCAAGAAAAGUGGGGACAUCUGGCUCAGUUGACGGAUUUCGCCCUAGCACUCAAGGAGACACUUAACAACAUCAACAAGGAGAGUUUCAACAACUUUGUUCUCAAAAUGGGCAUCAACCACGGACCCAUCACCUCAGGCGUAAUUGGGGCACGCAAGCCUCACUUUGACAUCUGGGGCAACACUGUGAACGUUGCCAGUCGCAUGGAAAGUACAGGCAAAGCAGGCAAUAUCCAGGUGGUAAAAGAAACUGCAGACAUCCUCAGAGAAUUUGGUUUCAUUCUGGAACAGAGGGGGCUGGUUUCUGUCAAGGGCAAGGGAAUGCUCAUGACCUACUACUUGUUGGGCAAAGACAAAGAUGCAAAAACCCCCACUGAUGCUCAACUUGACUCUACAUAGAUGACAAUGCACCAUGUAGGCGCAAAGUGAUGCCCAACUAUGCAGUAUUUGACUUUAGUUUGUGCCCAAAAAUAGAUGUCACUUGAUAAGUGGAGGAUUUGGAGCCGAGAUGCGAUGCGUGAAUUGCAGGUGCCUGCGAGGAAGAAAGAGACGUCAGCAUGUCUCCCUGGGUGACUCCCUGCGACUCACCGCUUGCGCAUGGCCAGCAUGGUGUUGAUCUCCCAGAUGAUGUUGCGCAGUGCAUCCAGCACCUCCUUCAGGUGUCUGUUCUUGGCACUCACUUGCUGACAAAAGCAACCACAAAGCUUUCAACUUUCAUGUUUCAAAGUCAGCUAAUUUUGGUAGGUUAGACCUGCACCUCAUCUACAAUGUGGACAAAUACCCUCCCAAAUGUUGUUUGCGCUGCAUACCUCAUAGUAAAGGUCACUGUAGUGCCAUAAAAGUACCGUUUUUGAAUACAGUAUUUUGCCACGGACUUGAAAUAUGGUUCCCGCAAAUAAAUGCAGUGUUACCAGA